UGGCACGUCAACACAAAUCACAUUUGCAUUACUUGCCUUUAGCACCACUGUAUUUUGUCACACAGGUCUCUUUCAUCUAUCAAUUGCGCUUUUUCCUCUGAAGAGAAAGAAUGUAGUGAGGCUUCAGAAAAACAGCAGUUUGCAAAAUGCUUAUUGAUGAAAUUAGCUAAUGUGCUAAUUUCCUAGUUGUGACUCUGUAUUCAGGAUGUAAUUUUGCCUCAGUACAAUGUAAUGUUCCCUUUAAUGUCUGUUACAUUUUUACCUGAAGAUGGAAAUCAUAUGUGGAGGCACAAAUAGCGAAAGUUACAAAAUUAAAUAAAAAAAUACUUAAAAGAACUUAAGGGGAGCUCCAACAAUCCUCAAAGUGAGACCUGCAAAUUGGGUGGCAACCUUUUUAAUGCAGGAAAUGUUAGCUAAAGACUAAACGUCACGCAUUCAAGAAUCGUUAAAGAUUUUAGCAUCAUAGCAUUUAGUAUAGCAUUAACCUAAAGAGAUAAUAACUGGAAUAUUUAGUGGUAUCCUGUCAUGAACUGAAGAGAUUUAACCCUGGGAACAUAAAUGUCUCCCAAAGUCCAUGGCAAUCUAUCCAAUAGUUUGUCAAGAAUUAACUAAAACCAUAUGGCUAAAAAACUCAAGAGAAAUGACCAGCAGCACUUUGACUAAAUUACAUUAUGCACCAGUAUAGCUCAUUAGAUUGGAUACAUGCACAUGCUACUCUGAUCUUCUCCUUUCCAAAGAAUUCCCAUGCAUAAAAUACACAAAUGUGUUUUAAAUUAGCAUCUUUCUUUCAUUACAGUCAACCCCAUGUGUUGUUUCUAGUGAAAUCCAAGAAAUAGGUUACGUCUUACGUCUAUACCAUAAGGUGCAGCUCACAGCAGAACGCCUCCAGGCUGAACGUUUAUUGUUUGUUUCCAUGUAAUUUGGACUAUUUAGCCUUUUAGGUUUUCAGCUGUAGUUGGAUCCUUGAAUUAAUGACACCCACACAGAAUGUUUUAGAUUAAACAUGAUGGUCUAAUUACAGAUCAUAUUUUCAGCUGUUGCAUCCUGUUUUAAUUCAGACUUUCUUUGUGCUGCGUUCAGAGACACACACACACACACAAAACAAAGCUGUCUUGGCAAACACAAAAUAUUAAUGUCUUUUGUAUUAAAUACUAGGAGAUUUGAUCACAACUGAAUAAUAAAUCCAACAUCAAAGUUUUCAAAGGGACAUAGUUUUCCGGGAAACCUUUUAAUUUCCCCCACCAAUUACAGUUCCUUUGGAUUAUUUUGGGAUGAAGGAUUUCCCCCUAUAAGUAAUGAUGACAGCAGGGUUAUAACAGAAUAAUAGGCAUCACUUCUUACACAUAGGAUAAUGUAACAUCACUUGGAAAAAAAAAUAGUAUUUACUGUUACAUAUUUGGUUUAAGUUUUCGACUAAAAAUUGUUUUUGGCCAAAGAAUGUUGUGUUGUGACUAAAAAUCUGCCAAGUCCUUUGUGCAAAAGAUUCCCAUCUGUGUAUCCUCAGGUUCCCUCUCCACUAAAAUGGGAUGUAAUUGUUUGGUUAUUAAGGUCUUUUACUUGCUGAACAACUUCCAUUUUCAAAUCAGCACGUUGUCUUUUACUUCCUCAGAGGGGCAAGGGGAACAGAUUUGGAGGAAAAAACUGUAAUUCUUAAAACUCUGUCUUCAAUUUCCCUGCUCCAAUGGAGGACAUAAAUGGCAAGGCCCAUUCUGAGACAAUCUGCAAGAUGAUAAUGGUGUUCCUCUGUCUGCAGGCGCCAGUACAAAAACACAUGUUAACUUUCCCUGCAGUUUGAACACUGUAAUUGACAAAAGUAGUGAGUACGUGAAGCAGGCAUGAAGAAAGAAAGACCUUUUUUUUUUUUUAUUGGACUGUGGACAAAUAACAGGUUAUGACAUACUUUGUACAUGUUGAAACAUACAGGGUGCAAUAGUCACACAACUUUAACAAAGCUGCAUUGUUUUAUUUAAGAACAAACACGACCAGUGUCUCGUUUGGUUCGUUAAAUUUCUUUACUGUAACCCCCCACCCUCUCUAUAACCUUCACUCCACAACAGUAAACAUCAAGCCAGACCUUUGAGUGGCUGUGCUAAUGAUAAGGCAUGACACAGUAAGGGAAAACAAGGUUGUUAAAAAGCAGAUGUCUGUACCAGUUCACAGAUGGGAUUGAUAUUGACAUGGCUGGAGGUGAUAUGUUAUAGGUUCUACAUGCAAGUGAAAAAAUGCACGUGUUCUAAUGAGACAGGGUGGCUAGGACUGCAGCUGCGUAGAGAGGGGGGGGGAUAUUUACUCUAUACCAACAACAUAUUCCACUCAGUCUGAGAAAGACACAAGCGACGUGAGCAAGGGAGGAGGCAUCGUCUCUGAUCAUCCAACUGUGAUCAUGCGGACAGUGGUGCUCCUCCUCAUAAUGGGACUGGUGGAUUUGAGCAUCGGCCAGCAUUACAGCCAGUGGCAGUGGUUGUCCCAUCUGCGAGGGCGGCGGCGACAUGCCGGCUGGCGGGCCGAGGAUGAGGACUGCCCCCUGGAGUGCGACUGCCCUUCAGCCUACCCCACAGCUAUGUACUGUCACAGCCGCCACCUUCAACAUGUUCCCUACGUCCCAUCACACAUUAAGUAUGUCUACCUGCAGCGUAACCAGAUCACAGGCAUCCAGGAUGGAGUGUUUGACAACGCUACUAACUUGGUCUGGGUUGUACUCUUUCACAACCAGCUCAACUCAGAAAAGAUCGGCAAGAACGUAUUCAGCAAGCUCAAGCACCUUGACCGGCUCCUCUUGGAUCACAAUGAGCUUACACGUGUGCCUCCCAACUUGCCCAAGGCUAUCACGGACCUGCGACUCGGGCACAAUAAGAUCUCAACAAUCCCCUCCAGCUCAUUCGAGGGAAUGGCCAACCUCACAACCCUUCAUCUCCAAGCAAAUGUUAUAGAGGACGUUGGAGGUGUGUUCAAGGGACUGAAGUCUCUGACCAUGCUGGACAUGAGGAAAAACAGGCUGAGGAAAAUCCCUGACAACCUCCCUAAGCAGCUGCAGCAGCUCUACUUGGAGUUUAAUAACGUAGAGAGUGUGCCGGCGGGCUUUCUCACUAUGUAUCCCAAACUGCAGUUUGUCCGGUUGGCUCAUAACAAGCUGACAGAUAAAGGUCUUUCCUCCAAUGUCUUCAAUAUCAGCACGCUGGUUGAACUUGACCUUUCUUUCAAUAAACUGGAGAAAAUCCCUGUUGUCAGUAGGAACCUGGAGAACCUUUAUUUACAAGCCAAUAAGAUCAAAGAGUUCUCCCUGAGCAGUUUCUGCACUACAAUCGACAUGACAAACUUCUCCAAGCUGAGAAUGCUGCGUUUGGAUGCCAAUGAGAUCAGUGCCAAAGACAUUCCUGCUGAAGCUGCCUACUGUUUGCGGCAUGUUGCCUUUAUUGAUGUGUAGCGCUUCCUGAUGUCUCGUCCUGAUUUUUCUCAACUCAUUCAGGGUAUAGCUGCACACUCCCAACCUUUUGUUCCCUGUCACUAUAUUUACAUUUUAUUCUUCACAGUCCACUCUAUCAAAACGUUUUCAAGAUAUUGAAUUGUUAAACUGUUAUUAAAGCUGCGAUUGUUAUUCCAAAUGAUUAAACAGUUCCAGUAUUAGUCAACAGGAAAUUCCACAGUUGUAUAAUCACGUAUCCAGAUGACAGGCAUAUGGAUCACAGAGAGCAAUAAGAAAAGUCCAGAUGACUGACAUCCUUUCAACAAACUAAUUCAAUUAUCAGUUCCAGUAUUCUGGCCAAAAUAAUAAUCUUAAGUAUAACUAGGUUGUAGCUGAGGACAGCAAGUUCUGCUUGUGUCAUGUCUGGCAAAGUAUAACCUGUAUAAAACUGCCAAUCAUCAGCGUGUCACUUGGAUCUUUGCCUCCACCAUGUGGCACAAGGUGAUAAAACAGCAAGUUUAGCUGCAAUGAGACUUAUUAUUAUUAUUUGGCAAAGUGCACUUUAACAUAUCAGUGAUAGGCAUUCAAUAAUGAAAUUGCCCAUUUGAUUGUACUGGCUGUUACAUAUAUUCAAAAUAUGUUUACUUAAAGACUAUUAGACUAAUUAUAAUUUUUCUAUCAACAUUUAAAGUUGUGUUAUCAAGUGUUUUUGAUUAUAUCGAAUGAAAAGCAUGUAUUCCUCCUCAAAUGAGCCUCUGAAUUAUCCAAAGAUAAUCAUAUAUUAGUUUCAUAACUGUAUCUUUUUUUAAUCAGUAGCAGUGUUUUAAAAAGUGUUUAAAGCUGCAGUAGGUAACUUUAGAAAAAAUCAUAUUUACUGAAACUUUAAUUAUAACCUGAUUGUUACAUUAAACAUAUAAUCUGUGGAAGAAAUCAGGUUCAUCAGUGCUGCUAAUGGCAUUUGCAAAAAUCUUGCGUGGCUGGACAAAAAGACCCAAAGCAUCUACAAUUGAUGACCUGGGAAUGAGACUCAACAAUCAACUACCUUUCUCAGGUUUGAUUGGUUGUCUUUGUCCAGGUGCAGUGGAUUCUUGAAAUAGCUUGUUUGCGGCUUUACCUCGCAGAACACGGGAGUUGCCGGUCCACCGCUGCCUCAAUCGGUAAGGGCUGGCUGAUGGCAACAAAUAGUGGGGAAAAUAUUCUAAAUAUAAUGUACACUUAAACUGAUAUAGAAUUCUUAAUAUAGGCUGUGUUUUGCUGCUGUCACCAUCCAUAUCAGUACUUGUAAGUUGUUUUUCCGGCAAAUUUCAGUCAGUUUAGUUCCUGCUUAUGAACAACAACUUUUUGUACUCGAUAAAAGCUCCUUGUGGUUUCUCGGUUUGACUGAUGUGAGCAACCAUAAAUGGCGCAAAACAGGAAUUGUGAGUUUCUGAUAGUGCUUCCAAUGUAGAAAAUAACUUCCUGCCCUCCAUCUACAGUUUGUGCCACAGGAACGCAGUGAUGUGCAAAGAAGCUAUUAGCACUAGGAGGAGCCAGAGAAACUAUCUAUCUACUGACAGGAUAUAAUGAAAAUUUCAGCAAAUAUGACAAAAAGUUAUUUUUUAUCAAAGUUACCUACUGUAGCUUUAAACACACUUUGAUUUUUUUUAGGGUGUAAUUUCUGAGCCAAUGUGUAUUUCACUGUAUAUCACAGAUGGAUGUGUACUUGACACACGUAGUCAGUAAGCUAAUAUCUGGAUUUAUAACUGUUUGUUUCCACUUAGCUGGACAGCUACGAAUUAUACGUCAUUGUGUAAAAUGAAUCUUUUUAUCUAGGAAUCCACUACUUUGUAUCUGUUAUUACAUCUAAGGGAAAAAAAGUGUUUCCAGAGUUAUUUGUCCCCUUAAAUGUUGACAGCGAUGUAUUUUUAGCAACAACAACAUGUUCUGUUUCCUCUCAUUUGAAGGUAAAAGAGGCAAAGAGGUUGGGAGAGAGAAAAAGGGCGGCAGCUCUCUUGACAAUUCUAACUGGUCUUAGGCAGUUCCCACAUAUUUAUUGUUGAAGACAACUUGCCUUUUCAUCUUCCACAGCUGCCUUUAAUCCUCUGCAGAAAGGCACUAAAUUGAAUUAUAGGAAUACUUUCCUUGUUUUGUAAUGGAGCAAUGUCUUGGGAUGAAGGAUGGAUUACUGCCAGCGCAACAGUGGUUUGCACACUGAUAAGCGGUAGCCUGUGAAAUUAAGUGUGUUAUAGAUCAUGUUAUAUUACAGGCUGCGCAUGGUUAUGCAGAGGCUGUGGGGAAGGGCUGUGUGUUUUUUUUUUUUUAUUCCUCUGCUUCCUACACAGACUUUUCAAAAACAAAAUAAAGGCCAGCACACAUGCACAUGA